UGAGAGAGGAGGGAGCAUUCGCGAGGUGAGAUGCUUGGUGCUUCCCUCGGAAGGCCUGCAUGUCAAUGAGGGACGGCCAUCUGGAAAUCACUGCUUAAGACACAGAAACCAGCUGCAGCUCUUGCAGCGCACACUUGCUCAAUCACAGGGCAACAAAGGGACGGAUGCUUUUUCUAUCGCUCGGGCCAUUAUACUACACAUAUAUGCACUGACACAGUCUGUUGGAGAGCUGCUAUAUGCAAUUGCUAAAGAAUUGACGCGGUUGACUGCAUCAGACUUCAAUUAAAGUUAUGGAGCUGGAGCACUUUGACGAGCGGGAGAAAGCCCAGAGAAACACCCGCCGAGGCUCCAGGAACAACGGGCUGCCGAGCCCCACUCACAGUGCCCACUGUAGUCUGUACAGGACCCGGACACUGCAGUCCCUGGCCUCGGAGAAGAAAGCCAAGAAGGUCCGCUUUUACCGCAACGGAGACCGCUACUUCAAAGGGAUUGUCUAUGCCAUUUCCCAGGACAGGUUUCGGUCUAUAGACGCCCUGUUAGCCGAUCUGACCCGCUCCCUGUCAGAUAAUGUGAACUUGCCCCAGGGGGUCCGGACCAUCUACUCUAUUGACGGGACCAAGAAGAUAUUGGGCAUGGAGCAGCUGGAGGAAGGAGAGAGCUAUGUGUGUGGCUCCAUAGAGCCAUACAGGAAGCUGGACUACACUAAGAAUGUCAACCCCAACUGGUCAGUUGGGGUGAAGACAGCUGCCUCGGCACGUGGCCCAUCCUCCCUGGGCAGUGCCAAGGCUGGGGCCCCAGAGACCAGGGAGAGUAAGGACUUCAUCCGGCCCAAACUGGUCACCAUCAUCCGGAGCGGGGUGAAGCCUCGAAAGGCCGUCCGCAUCCUCCUCAACAAAAAGACGGCCCACUCCUUCGAACAGGUCCUCUCUGACAUCACAGAUGCCAUCAAGAUGGACUCUGGGGUCGUCAAGAGACUAUACACCGUGGAUGGGAAGCUGGUGACAUGCCUUCAGGACUUCUUUGGUGACGAUGACAUCUUUAUGGCCUGUGGUCCAGAGAAGUUUCGCUACCAAGAUGACUUCCUCUUAGAUGAGAGUGAGUGUAGGGUGGUGAAGUCGACGUCAUACGGUCGGAUCUCCUCUCUGCUGGGACGCUACUCACCCAGAGGAGGAGGCUCACGCCGAAGCUCAGGUUCAGCCAAUGGGACGGCAGGCAGUCAGCUGUCGACUCCUCGCUCAGGGAAGUCCCCCAGCCCCUCUCCCACCAGUCCUGCUAGUCUCCAACGACGCAGGGGGUCCCAACACAGUGGCUCGUCCCUGUCUCUAGCCUCCACCAAGGUGUGUAGCUCCAUGGAUGAGGGAGACGGAGCAGGUAGUGAAGCGGAGCUGAACCUGCUGAGUGAUGAAUGUCCCUCCAUCCCUCCGUCCAUCGCUGAGAGGUACAAGGUGGGGAGGACUUUAGGUGACGGUACCUUUGCUGUGGUUAAAGAAUGUGUGGAGAGAUGUACCGGCAGAGAAUACGCCCUGAAGAUCAUCAACAAAGGCAAAUGUAGGGGAAAGGAACACAUGAUCCAGAACGAGGUGUCCAUCCUCCGUCGUGUCAAACACCCCAACAUCGUUCUGCUGAUCGAGGAAAUGGACACCUACAGCGAGCUUUACCUGGUCAUGGAGCUGGUCAAGGGGGGUGACCUGUUUGAUGCCAUCACUUCCUCUAGUAAAUACACAGAGAGAGAUGCUAGUGGGAUGCUGUAUAACCUGGCCAGUGCCAUCAAGUACCUGCACAGCCUCAACAUCGUGCACAGAGACAUCAAACCUGAGAACCUGCUGGUGUAUGAACAUCAGGAUGGUAGUAAGUCUCUGAAGCUGGGAGACUUUGGCUUGGCUAGCCUGGUGGAUGGACUCCUCUACCUGGUCUGUGGCACCCCCACCUAUGUAGCACCUGAGAUCAUCGCUGAGACAGGGUACGGGCUGAAGGUCGAUAUCUGGGCAGCUGGAGUAAUCACAUACAUCCUGCUGUGUGGCUUCCCUCCCUUCAGUGGGAACAGUGAGGACCAGGAGAUUUUGCUGGACCAGAUUCUAACGGGACAACUAGACUUCCCUUCCCCGUCCUGGGACAACGUGUCUGUCACUGCUAAGGAGCUGAUUACUGGGAUGCUGCAGGUGAAGGUGGAACAGAGAUACACAGCUCUGCAGGUUCUGGAUCACCCCUGGGUCAAUGAUGAUGGGCGAUUAGUGAACGACCAGCAGCUCUCUGUGGCUGGGAAGAUUAAGAAACACUUCAACACGGGUCCUAAAGCCUGCAGCACCACUGCUGGAGUGUCUGUUAUCACAACCACCCCUCUUGAUAAGGAGCGGCAGGAUUUCAGACUAAGACACCAGCAGGAUGUGAGAUUGAAGCCCCGCCCCUGCCCCCAACCAACCGGCUUCCCCACCAGUGCCAGCCAAAGCUCAGCCCACAGCUCCAAUAACCCUGCCCUCUCUCCCGCUGACUUUACCUCAGAGUCAGAAGAUUACUCCCCCAGCCCCUCCCCCACCUCUCCUAGCUCCGCUGAUACCGUCCGCUCCCCCACCUCCCCCUUCUAGACCCCGAAGGAAGAGAGAGGGGAGAGGAGGAAGGAUAGGGGGUGCGUGUCCCUGUACUAACACUAGCCCAUGUCCCUGUAUUCACGACGACACUGUCAAGAUGCCUGCCAAUUACUUAAACAUUGAUUUUCCAUUCCGGCUACAGUGUCAGUUUACCAAAAGAUACACUGGGGUCAGAGCCAUGCAUAGGGGUCAGUUAGGGUGGGGUUAGGGUUAAAGGUUAGAGGUUAGGGUCAAGGAUAAAGGUGUAUUCUGGAUGGGUUCUGCUCUGGCCCUGAGAGGUUACUAAGGCUGAGAAUCUGUAUCUGCUUAUCUUUUUAAGACACCACACAGACAUACAAGAGUUAAGCCUUAUUUCAGCAAAUACUGAAUAAUGAUCCACUGAGGUCCCCUGGUGUUGGGAGGUGAGUACUGCAGGCCAACCAACCUGCUAACAGGACAGCUUAAACUGCAACACAACUAACCUACAGAUCAAAAUCUUCCAUUUAACUUGACGGGACCUCAUACGCCCUAAAUAGGGCAUCUUAAGUAUUUAUGUGAUUAUACAUACAUUUUGAAAAUAAUAAUGAUGAUAAUAAUAAUGACGUUGGGUCCUUGAAAAGUGCUGUAUAAACAAAAUGCCGCGUAUUAUUAUUCAUUUUGACAAUGUAUGUAUCAAGUCAGGUAUCUAUUUGUGUGAAGUUAUAUUGCACCCAAUUCAUUACAACUUGUACAGUUCAUUCUGUAGAAAAACACUUUCAUGUCAAUAAGACAUGCUGUAUGAUGUAACGUGAAGAUAUAAUCUACGUGUGUCUGGAAGGACACGUGGCUACGGUCAUGUCCACUCCAGUCCACUUUCAUUUAUCCAACUGUCUAGUGUUCAGCUAUUCUCCAGUUCUUGGUGCUGUUGUAGACAUAAUAUACUACACACUUUACAGAGGACCAGAGAGGGGCGCUGGAAGAUCUCCAGGCAUUCUGCGAUACCAUAUCUAUUGGUUGAUUGAUUGUGUUUUUGUCCAUGACUGUUAUGCCACUGUGCCAGUUCAUGUACAGUCGUCAUUUAAUGGACUACGAAAAAGGUUGUGUAUUUGGUAGAGUAUUAACAGACAUUUUCAUGGCUUUUUACUUUUGUACAAAAUUGGCCUUGUUUCAGUUAAUAUGUUAAUAUGUUGAUAGUGAAAUAAUGACCUAUUUAAAGUACGAUUAUUGGCCUGAACACAAUGGACCAAGUGCAAUUAGGUUCUGGAUCUCUUACCAAUAUUAGACAGCACAGACUUUUUCAAGCUAUUGUUAACUAUAAACAAUCCAUACAUUGUGAAUGUAUGUCAGAACAGAGGUGCUAUGGCAGCGUCUUUCAGUGCUGCCUGAGUUUUCCGCUUGCUGUGUGUGAGCCAGGGGUUGGAACCGGUUCAGUGAACAGAACUGAAAACUGGAAAAUCAUGUAGUUCAAAACAAGAUGCCCAGCACUUCAAGCCUCCUCCUCCACCCUCUCUUCCCACCCACAACAUUUUAGUCACAUCUCACUCCCUACAAUUGUCUGUCCAAUGCAUGUAAACAACUACAGCUUGCCCACUCCAUAGCAAGCUACUAUAUCCGCACUGAUUGGUAAAGUAAUUUAAUGUUGAGUUCAAUGUUUUUUAGAAACUAUGAUUGCAGAGGUUUAAAAAGGAACAGAAAGGAACAAUAUAAACUGCUACUAAUUUGGGGAAUCAAUCCGGUUCAGAACUUUAUUUUGCUGGUCAGAACAAUGGAACUGAACAAAAAAAAUGGUUUUGUUAAAAACGAUGCGAUUGGAAAAUACUUUUGCUUCCAACCCCUGGUGUAAGCACAGUGAGUUGGCAGGUCUAGAGAGAGAAGCACAGUGAGUUGGCAGGUCUAGAGAGAGAAGCACAGUGAGUUGGCAGGUCUAGAGAGAGAGAGAAGCACAGUGAGUUGGCAGGUCUAGAGAGAGAAGCACAGUGAGUUGGCAGGUCUAGAGAGAGAGAGAGAAGCACAGUGAGUUGGCAGGUCUAGAGAGAGAGAGAAGCACAGUGAGUUGGCAGGUCUAGAGAGAGAGAGAGAAGCACAGUGAGUUGGCAGGUCUAGAGAGAGAGAGAGAAGCACAGUGAGUUGGCAGGUCUAGAGAGAGAGAGAAGCACAGUGAGUUGGCAGGUCUAGAAAGAGAAGCACAGUGAGUUGGCAGGUCUAGAGAGAGAGAGAAGCACAGUGAGUUGGCAGGUCUAGAAAGAGAAGAACAGUGAGUUGGCAGGUCUAGAGAGAGAGAGGAGAACAGUGAGUUGGCAGGUCUAGAGAGAGAGAGAAGAACAGUGAGUUGACAGGUCUAGGGAGAGAAGAACAGUAAUUCAGACAGGUCUAGAGAGAGAAACACAGUAAUUCAGACAGGUCUAGGGAGAGAAGAACAGUAAUUCAGACAGGUCUAGAGAGAGAAACACAGUAAUUCAGACAGGUCUAGGGAGAGAAGAACAGUAAUUCAGACAGGUCUAGAGAGAGAAACACAGUAAUUCAGACAGGUCUAGAGAGAGAAACACAGUAAUUCAGACAGGUCUAGGGAGAGAAGAACAGUAAUUCAGACAGGUCUAGAGAGAGAAACACAGUAAUUCAGACAGGUCUAGGGAGAGAAGAACAGUAAUUCAGACAGGUCUAGAGAGAGAAACACAGUAAUUCAGACAGGUCUAGGGAGAGAAGAACAGUAAUUCAGACAGGUCUAGAGAGAGAAACACAGUAAUUCAGACAGGUCUAGAGAGAGAAACACAGUAAUUCAGACAGGUCUAGGGAGAGAAGAACAGUAAUUCAGACAGGUCUAGAGAGAGAAACACAGUAAUUCAGACAGGUCUAGGGAGAGAAGAACAGUAAUUCAGACAGGUCUAGAGAGAGAAACACAGUAAUUCAGACAGGUCUAGGGAGAGAAGAACAGUAAUUCAGACAGGUCUAGAGAGAGAAGCAAAAAGCACAAGAGAAGCAUGAGAUGAUUGAUGUGUGGAACACUUGUUUGUCCUCUAGGACAGACAAACAACUAUGUUAGUACUGAAUUUUAAUCAUAGAAACAGAGGAAGUGAAGUGUAUCUAUCUGCUGAAUGUAAUUGUCCAAAUUUCUGUUGUGAGAGAAUGAAAAAGUACAGAUUGAAAUUAUGUUGCUAUGCAAAAUAUGUAUUGAUACCCAAUGAUAUGUAAGAAUUAGUGACUACAUGUGAAGCCAAUUUGAUCGGGAUUCAUCACCAGUAGCACAUCUUUUUUCCUGAUGAUGGUAGUGAAUGGUCAUUGUUCCUGUAUAGCAACCCUUUAACAGUGGUCAUCACCAAGCCAAACCUGUGAAUAAACCACUUCCUCAAUCUGAGAGCCUGGUCAUUGUACUGCGUCCGUCCAGGGGGACUACAGUCGGACAAUCUGGGAUUUACAAACAGCAGCCACAGACGCAGCAAUAACAUCAUCCAGCCAGUAGAUGGCAGUAUAGGAUAAUCUGUACCAGAUCUAGAAGGUAGUAAGUAAUAAGACAACAAACACAUGCAUUUUGAGUUUCCACUAUUGAGAUACCUUUUAAGUGCAUGGGGUUAUAUUCCAUUUUUUGUUGUUUAAGAUAUGAGUAAUAUACAUAUAGAUAUUCUAUUGGGGCGGCAGGUAGCCCAGUGGUUAGCGCGUUGGACUAGUAACCGGAAGGUUGCAAGCUCGAAUCCUUGAGCUGACAAGGUUGUUCUGCCCCUGAACAAGGCAGUUAACCCACUGUUCCUAACUGACUUGCCUGGUUAUAAUUCUAUAUGUCAGAAUAUUCGAAAAACAAACUACUAGUUUUGUUCAAACUGCAAUUAACAUUUGAGAAUUCAGUCGCAUAAGAGCUUGCUUUAUUUAUUGUUAUUAUAAACACAACAAAAAGGAAAACAAUAAAAAAUGUUACUGUUCAUCAAUCUUUAUAUAUUGUCAUAAGUUAAUGUAUAACAGCUCCAAACAAACACAGGGUAAAUGCCUCAGACAUUGCAAUCUACACAAAAAAACAACAUGUAAAUACAAAUAACUUGUGAAAUCAUGAUAUACUUAAAUCUAUACUUAAAUCAACAAAAAUACAGAUCAACUAAAUAUUUUACAAAAAAAUCUAAAUUUGUUUUUUAAAGCAACAAUGUCAACACAAAUAAAAUGCAUUUAUUUAGCAAAAUCCUCCAAAAUCCUCCUUACACAAAGAUUUAAGUCAAAUAUUCAAAAUAAACCCAGUAUGUCAAAUUCAUAUUGAUGGGUAUUAUGAACCAAAGCAGUAAAGUCA